GGGGCGAUGCUGGCGGGGGGCAAAAAGGCUGCAGAGGCGGCGGCGGCGGGCGGCGAGGGCGGGCCUGAGGCGCCGGUGCCUCCGCCCGCCGCCGCAGGGGCGCUGGGGUCCUCUACCGAGAGCGGCGGGGUCGCGGAACGUACUCCUCGCAAGAAGGACCCACCGCGGGCCUCGCCCCCGGGUGGUCUGUCCGAGCCACCGGCCGCCGGUGCGGCCCCUGCGCCCGGCGCCGAAACCACUGGCAUCGCCGAGACCCCCGAAGGCCGCCGGACCAGCCGCCGCAAGCGCGCCAAAGUGGAGUACAGAGAGAUGGAUGAGAGUCUUGCAAACCUGUCAGAAGAUGAAUAUUAUUCUGAAGAAGAGAGGAAUGCUAAAGCUGAGAAAGAGAAAAAGCUGCCACCACCACCUCCACCAGCUCCUGCAGAAGAAGAAAAUGACAGUGAGCCAGAGGAGCCAUCUGGGCAAGCAGGAGGACUUCAAGACGACAGUUCUGGAGGGUAUGGAGACGGCCAAGCAUCAGGUGUGGAGGGUGCAGCUUUCCAGAGUAGACUUCCACACGACCGUAUGACAUCUCAAGAAGCUGCCUGCUUCCCUGAUAUAAUCAGUGGGCCCCAGCAGACUCAGAAGGUGUUUUUGUACAUCAGGAACCGCACCCUGCAGCUCUGGCUGGAUAACCCAAAGAUUCAGCUGACAUUUGAGGCAACUAUCCAGCAAUUAGAAGCACCUUAUAACAGUGACACCGUGCUGGUUCACAGAGUACACAGCUAUCUGGAGCGGCAUGGGCUCAUCAACUUUGGCAUCUACAAAAGAGUGAAGCCCCUUCCCACCAAGAAGACUGGGAAGGUGAUCAUCAUCGGUUCUGGAGUCUCUGGGUUGGCAGCAGCUCGCCAGUUGCAGAGUUUUGGAAUGGAUGUCACAGUUCUGGAAGCCAGGGACCGAGUAGGAGGAAGAGUCGCAACCUUCCGCAAAGGCAACUAUGUUGCUGACCUGGGAGCAAUGGUGGUGACAGGACUUGGAGGAAAUCCCAUGGCUGUGGUCAGCAAACAAGUGAAUAUGGAAUUGGCUAAGAUCAAACAAAAAUGCCCACUCUAUGAAGCAAAUGGACAAGCUGUCCCAAAAGAGAAAGAUGAAAUGGUGGAGCAAGAAUUUAAUCGUCUUCUGGAAGCAACAUCCUAUCUCAGUCAUCAGCUGGAUUUUAAUGUUCUCAAUAACAAGCCUGUGUCCCUAGGUCAGGCUCUGGAGGUUGUCAUACAAUUGCAGGAGAAACAUGUGAAGGAUGAGCAGAUCGAACACUGGAAAAAAAUUGUGAAAACACAGGAGGAGUUGAAAGAUCUGCUUAACAAGAUGGUGAAUUUGAAAGAGAAAAUUAAAGAACUUCAUCAGCAGUAUAAGGAAGCCUCAGAAGUGAAGCCACCUCGUGAUAUUACUGCAGAGUUCCUUGUGAAAAGCAAACACAGAGAUCUGACUGCACUCUGCAAGGAGUAUGAUGAAUUGGCAGAAACGCAAGGAAAGCUGGAAGAGAAGUUACAAGAACUUGAAGCCAAUCCACCCAGUGAUGUUUACCUGUCAUCAAGAGACAGGCAAAUACUUGACUGGCAUUUUGCCAACCUGGAAUUUGCCAACGCCACGCCGCUGUCCACGCUCUCACUGAAGCACUGGGACCAGGAUGAUGACUUUGAAUUCACAGGCAGCCACCUGACUGUGAGGAAUGGCUAUUCCUGUGUGCCUGUGGCUCUGGCAGAAGGGUUGGACAUCAAACUGAACACAGCAGUUCGACAGGUUCGCUACACAGCAUCAGGCUGCGAGGUAAUAGCUGUGAACACCCGAUCUACCAGCCAGACUUUCAUCUACAAGUGUGAUGCUGUGCUGUGUACUCUUCCUUUGGGAGUGCUGAAACAGCAGCCUCCAGCAGUACAGUUUGUGCCACCUCUUCCUGAGUGGAAAACUUCUGCAGUGCAGCGAAUGGGAUUUGGCAACCUUAACAAGGUUGUGUUGUGUUUCGAUCGUGUCUUCUGGGAUCCAAGUGUUAAUUUGUUUGGCCAUGUUGGCAGCACUACUGCGAGCAGAGGAGAACUCUUCCUGUUUUGGAACCUGUACAAAGCACCCAUAUUGUUGGCCUUGGUGGCAGGAGAAGCAGCAGGGAUCAUGGAGAACAUCAGUGACGAUGUCAUCGUGGGACGCUGCCUCGCCAUCCUCAAAGGCAUCUUCGGCAGCAGCGCCGUGCCGCAGCCUAAGGAGACCGUGGUGUCCCGCUGGCGUGCUGACCCAUGGGCCCGAGGAUCCUACUCCUAUGUAGCAGCUGGAUCUUCUGGGAAUGACUAUGAUUUGAUGGCCCAGCCCAUUACUCCAGGGCCAGCCAUUCCAGGUGCUCCUCAGCCCAUCCCUCGGCUGUUCUUCGCAGGAGAGCACACGAUCCGCAACUACCCUGCGACGGUGCAUGGAGCGCUGCUGAGUGGCCUGCGGGAGGCAGGGCGCAUCGCUGACCAGUUCCUUGGGGCCAUGUACACUCUGCCUCGCCAGCCCACACCUGGGGUCCCCCCACAACAAGCUGCCAGCAUGUGAGAACAGAAGGUAUCUGAAGAGGAAUGAGAAGACCACAGUGCUGCUGUUGUGUACU